AUGCUCCUACCUUCGAGACUAGCCCUUACCCUAGUGGUGAUAUUACUCGCGGGCACCACCUCAGCCGCCAAGGUAGACUUGUCCCAAUAUGUGAAUCCACUCAUAGGCUCUGAAGGCCCUGUUUCGGGCUCUGGCUUUGGUGGUGGUGAUAUUUUUGUUGGUGGUGCGCGUCCUUUCGGCGUCGCGAAGGUCGGAAUUGAUUCGACAGCAGCGAAUUGGAGCACUGCUGUGCUGAAUGGAGGUUGGACGCCCGAUGGAAACGUAACCGGAAUCAGCAUGAUGCAUGAGAGUGGGACUGGUGGUUCUCCUAAGUAUGGUUUGAUAUCGCAGAUGCCUUUGACCUCUGUGGAUGGUCCAGUCAAUAUUCUCGACAAUACAACCUAUAGCCAGAAAAGGAUUGGUGAUGAUAUAGCUCGUGUGGGAUAUUAUAAGACCCAGUUGAAGAGUGGCGUCGCUGUUGAGUUGUCUGCAUCUCGACAUGCUGGCAUUAUGGAAUAUUCUUUCCCAGAGAGUGAGAAGCACGUGCUUAUUGAUGUUUCUCAUUAUCUUCCUGGAUCUCCCGGUGACGCGAAUGGCCAAUUCUACACCGGUGGAGAGAUUCAGAUUGAGGAUGAUGGGAAGGCAUACAGUGGUUAUGGCACGUAUGUCGGUGGAUGGAACAAUGGCGCCCCCUUUACUGUUUACUUCUGGGGAGAAUUUGCCGAGAACGCAGACAAUGUACGAACAUUUUCUGGGAUCAACACGGAUCCAAUACCACGAUACCACAACCUUGCAAAUGGUGGUAUAAGUGAGCCAAUUUAUGGGAAUGACACGAGAAAGGCGGUCUCUGGGCCAAUGAAUAAUCGGAUUGGUGUCCUUUUCAGCUGGAAGGAGGGACCUGCUUCGUCCAUCACCUCCCGCGUUGGCAUUUCUUCCAUCUCCACCGAGAGGGCUCGGUCAUAUAUUGAGAAGGAGAUUCCGUCUUGGAAAUUGAACGACACAGUCAAAGAUUCUGUCAAGGAAUGGAAUGAUGAUGUGUUCCAGAAGAUCCAGGUACCGCUGGACGACUCGGCUAAUAUGACUCAUGUCCGUCUGUUGUACAGCUCGUUGUACUUCAUGCAUUUGAUGCCAUCUGAUCGGACGGGUGAGAAUCCGCUGUGGAACUCAGGGGAGCCGUUCUGGGAUGAUUUCUAUACAAUGUGGGAUAUCUUCCGUUGCACGGUCAGCUUUUACCACAUCUUCCAACCCGAAUACUACGAAUCUAUGAUCCGAAGCUUGAUUGAUAUCUGGAAACAUGACGGUUAUAUGCCCGACGGCCGAUCCGGCAAUUGGAAUGGUCUUGUUCAGGGCGGAUCAGACGCAGACAAUGUUCUCGCUGACGCCUACGUCAAAGGCCUCCGCGGCGCUAUCAACUGGACUGAGGGGUAUCUCGCAAUGAAGAAAGACGCCGAAGUAACUCCCUAUAACACAUUUGACCCCACAGAUUUGACUGCCAGCACAAAAGAAGGCCGUGGUGCCCUCGAUGACUGGAAGGAGCUGGGCUACGUUUCUGAAGACCACAAUACGCGGUGCAUCUCUCGCACCGUUGAGUACAGUCUGAACGACUUCGCGGUUAGCCAGGUAGCUGCUGGGGAAAUGCCGGAGGACCGAGAAAAGUAUCUCAACCGAUCUGCUGGGUGGCAGAAAAUCUGGGACUCAAGCGUGAGCAGUCUAAACUUUACGGGCUUCUUGGCCCCGAAGCUCUCAAAUGGGAAGUUUAAUAGCAGUGGUUAUGACCCGCUCUACUGCUAUGAUUGCGAGUGGUCAUCCUACACUUAUGAGGGCAUUCCAUGGGAAUACUCAUUCGUCAUUCCUCACGACUGUGAAACCCUCAUUGAGUUGAUGGGUGGCCCUGAGACUUUUGAGUCUCGUCUAGAUUUGAUGUUCAAACCCAAUAUGUCCGUCCAGAACCUCGGAGCAAAUGGUGCAGGCAUCACCACGUUGAUCAAUAUCGGGAAUGAGCCAGACUUUGCAACACCGUACCUGUACAACUAUAUCAACAAGCAGGCCAAAAGUGUCGAGCGAUCUCGCAGUCUUGCUGACCAAUACUUUAAAGACGCCGCGUAUGGAGUUCCAGGCAACAGUGAUGCUGGUGCAAUGAACUCCUGGCUUUUGUGGCAGAUGCUUGGAAUCUACCCCAUCGUAACACAGCCUGUGUACCUGAUCUCCUCUCCUUGGUUCCCUGAUCUAAACAUGACAGUCAGUGGAAACAAGACGCUGCGUAUCUCUGCAACUGGAUUGGUUAAUGGAUACUAUGUCCAGAGCGUGAAGAUCAAUGGGAAAAAAUGGACCAAGAAUUGGUUCGAGCAUGACGACGUCAUGACUAACGGCGGCCACAUUGAGUUUGAGCUUGGCCAGGAUGCGAAAGCUUGGGAAUCUGGAGAAGUGCCACCCUCGCCAGGACACGUACAGCUGGAGUAG